UGAUAAGAACCGUCUUGCACUAAUCAUAGCAAAGCACCUUCUUUAAUCAAAGGUGGCCAUGGCAGUGCCUUAAUUUAUUACACAGAGCGUUUGACAAAUGGAAUGACUACCGUACGGUGCGUGUAUCAUUUAAAAAAACACCUAAAAACAAUAAAAAGGCUGUGAAUUAACUCGAAUUUAUGUUAAAUGUGUUGUGUGUGCUUUUGUUUUUCGUCCAAAGUGUUUAAAUAUGUGUACUGUACCGCCAAAGUUUUAUCAGUUGUGUCGUUUGUGUUUAUCUAUUGAUAAGGAGAAUGCUCUAUUUAUUUUCGAUAAGGCGGCAGAGGACAGAAAUAUCCCUAGGAAAAUCAUGACGUGUCUGUCAAUCCUGGUAUCUGUUGACGACAAACUACCCCACGUGAUAUGCCUUAAUUGUACAGAACAGUUAGAAACUCUGUACAAGUUUCGGUUGGUUGCCAGAAGAGCUGACGAAGCGUUACAUCAAUUCCUGUCGUAUGCAGAACAGCUCAAAGGAUCGGACGAGGAUACGAUGGUUCAAAAAGAAAGACUCCUCGACAAUUUAACCGCUUCCCUGCCAGUUUUACCACAAGACUUGAAAAUCGAACCAGUAGAAUUACCUUCCAGUAUUAAAGUAGAUGAACCGUGUGUACCUCCGAAAUCACCGAAACCAGAGCUGACGAUUGAAGCGAUACCAGAAAAAAGAUCUCCUGUAUCAAUACCAGACAAUAAAGUACCAGAGCCGUUUAUACGAGUCAACCCAACGAUAUAUCCUCCGGAAAACCUCCAGAACACCGUAGGUCCUCCGCCACUGGCCCAGCUCAGGCUUCCAGAUUAUGUACCAAGACCAGAAGUAGUAAAAGUCCAAGCUGAUCCAGAUGAACAACCUGCCGAUUUAUCCAAUAAAAGGCCGGAGAAUCUUACAUGUAUGCCAGAGAUCGAUUUUAUAAUAGAUGAGGACACUGCUUCCGUAUACAGCAAUAGCUCGGAUCCAGAUAGACUCGAAGUUGAUAUGUCGCAGGCGACUGAAGAUCCGGAUCAUAGCAACUCCUCAACAAGCACGGAACCAUCGCCAACUUCACAGCAAAUCCACCAGCAGAAUCUCAACAACGGCAAGACUGAGAUGGACGCGUCUCUUUGGCAAGCAAUUUCUCAGAACGGUUACCAUCCCAACACGCCGCUUUCAGGCGAGGCCAGUCAACUCCUCAGGAAACUCAUCACAUGCAGGAAGUUCGGGAUGAGUAUUACGCCGACUCCAACUACUACAGUAUUGAACUAUUCAAUGUAUCCGGGUCAACCACCAAACACCGAAAUAGAUAAACCGGAUGACAGACCAGCCAUCGAGAAGACAUCUGCCAGAAGGAAGCAGAGCUAUCCGACCAAGGCCAGCAUAAAAACUGAGGAGGGAAUUGUAGGAGGGGGUAUUGGAGGACCAGUGACAGGAUUAGGGGAAACUCCGAAGGAAGAAGCGGAUGAUUAUAUACCGGAUUUUACAGGGAACAGUCCGUGGUGCAAUUUGGUCAAGGGAAAGGGUGGCGCAGGUCUAGCCAGACGAGUCGAUCUAGCAUGCACAAACUGUGGGACACAAACGACGACAAUAUGGCGGCGGAACAUGCGCGGAGAGAUGGUGUGCAACGCCUGUGGUCUCUACUUCAAACUCCACGGUGUCGAUAGGCCAGUUACAAUGAGGAGGGACACCAUACACACUAGGCGUAGGAGACCUAAGGCUCAGGAGAAAGAGAAACUCAAAGGUGGAAAAGAAAGAGGAAACACUUCAGAAACAGCUGACACAGAAGAUAUGUUGAGUGCUCUUAGGCGUCAAAUUCGGCCACACCUGAUCAUGGCACUGACGGGACCUAAACAUGCCAACUUGCCUCAGUAUGCUCAUUUGCAGAAUCCUCCAGUACCGACCGUCUUGCCAACCGGGGAAUCCCCGAACAGAUCAGUUCCCGAAGCUGAAUCAGACGAAGAGAGCAUAGCCGACCUUCCUCUAAACCUCGUCUCUACACAAAUGACAGAAGCAGAAUUGCGUUAGGACGAUCAAGGGUACACGCACACAUCCCACAAUGUACGCGAGUCACAUUAAAUAGAAGGCACAAGUCAGCUCACUCCGCUGAUAGUGUCAAAGUAUACCAGUGAUACCAACUUUACUUAAAUAGGCGUAAGGUUUUCACGGUAACCUCGAAACCCUGAAAUUUUGUAUAAUCUCUUCUGAAUGCUCAGAUGGAAGAUGAUGUGUCUAAAAUACGUAAAUUUUUUGUUCUUUUUAAAACAUAUUUCUUUAUUUCAUAGUUCUGUGCAGGUAUAAUAGCGAAGAAGGACUAAGGUAUCCCAUGUUUAAAAGGGUAAACAAAUCAACGAAUUUGGAUUGUUAUAGUAUUGAGUAGUAUUUAUUUUGGAAGCAGGAAGGCCAUCUGUUAGAAAUGAAAAAAAUAAUAUUAAAAAUAUUUCCAUAAAAUCACUUGUUCAGUCACAUAAAUGAUAUUAUAUUUUCCACAAAAAUAGUUUGGUGUAAUAGCAAUAUUUUGACUGCAAACAAUAUUUUUCUUAAUGUCACUUUUUACUAUGAACAAAAAGUAGCGAAACUUGUCUUCCAAAAUUCAGACUUUCGCGUCAAAGCUGUGACGUAAUUUAUUUUAACCUUAAAAUGCUUUUGCCAUAGAGGCCAGUCUAUACCCUAUUUCACGAGUAUCCAUGUUGUUGUCGAACCAUAAAAGGCGUGAUCGGUAGAUAAUGUUGUUCAAAAUUCGGUAAAUUCAUGUACAAAAUCGGUAGAAGUAAAAUACAGGCCCGUUGCAAAAUCAGCAGUGGAUCGAGAGCCUUUGCGUCACACAGCGCCGUCAAUACAAAAGGAUAUUAAUUUUUGUAUUGCACAUACAUAUUAUACAAUUCGGGUUUUUUCAUAGCAUCUUUUCCUGGAAAAAUAUUAAACUCUCGACGCACUUCAAACUCUUUGAAACCAUCCUGGAAGCUGUUUUUCACAUUCUUGUGUAUAAGAUUAUGAUUAUUUAAGUUUUACCCUUGAACUUGAAACUUCAUCACUCCUGAUAUUUUAGUUUAAUAUUUAACUAAAAACAGACGGGCCGGUGAUGCGGUAAUAUGAUCUAACGGUCUAUACUUGUACGCACAAAAACCAAUACACGGAAAGCGGAGUAAGAGAUGUUAGACGUUAGCUUAUUCUUUGCCUGGAAAUAAUGGUUAUAUUUUGAGCGUACACAUUUGUGAAUUGUGCCGAAUCUGUUUAGGAUCGAUUCCUGAUCGCUCCUAACGGCGCUCCAUUUUAGGUGGAAAUGAAAGGUCAGGAUCGCAACAAGUUCUGCAGCAUUGCACCAUUGUUUCGUUUGACAACACCGCAUUUUGUACAUUCCAAGAUAAGGGGUCCACCUCCAUGAUCAUAUACACUGAAGAUAGGUUGUUGCGCGUGAGGGCGGAGCUUCGUGACGUCACCUUGAGAGUUGUCGGCUCAUGGUUACUAGCGGCAGGAUUGUCGUAACGUUACUACAACGCACGUGUAUCGUGAUUAAUACUAUUGAAUAUGCGAGUAUAUAAUAAUAGUCAACACGAUUUGUUGGUGGUUUCCUGACUUGUUAUAUUAGCUAUAUAUACUUUAUAUACCCUGUGUGGUUGAUAAAUUGAUAAAAAAGCGGUGUGCUGUUGUGGCAUGUAAUUCCGACAACCAAUCUAAACGGAAUCCUUGCAAAGACAUGUAGUUCUGCAGUUGUCCUCAAGACCCAAACCUCAGCAAAAGGCUACAUCUGUACAUUUUACAUAAAGAAAAGCGCUAGGGUUUGCUCGAAGCACUUUUGUGAAAGUGUCUAUAAGGUCAAUUUGAUACAUACGCUUUUGGGUUACACCCCUAAAAGAUAUCGUUCUCUAAAAGAUGAUGCCAUUCCCACUACAUCUGUUGCUGGGGAAAAUCGAAAAAUGCUUACGAAAAAAGACAAAGGGCUCAACUUAUCCCCUAGAGUUUAAGUAUAGAAUAAAUUCAUAUAUUUUGGGACGAAACGAAGGCGCAUACUUAGGCCCGUAUCGUCAGUCGUACCUACAAUUGUAGGGCGCCUUUAUGGCCUCCUUGAUUGUCAUAGUUUUCUACUUCUCCGUGUCAGCGCUCUAUUUUGAGGUUAUGUCGCAAACAUCUAUUUGCAUCAAAUUGUGCUUGCUUUUGAGUUAUAUCAUGUUUUAUCAGCCUGAAAUUUCCUACAAUUUAAAAAGAAAACAUAUCUUCACAAUAGGAGAGCGCUGACGCUGACACGGGAAAAGUGUAAUCUAGAAAUUUCUGAAGGAGAGAAAGGAGUAUGACAAUCAAAGAGGCCAUAAACGCGCCCUACAAUUGUAGGGACGACUGACGAUACAGGCCUUAGAAGUAUUGCAGCGUAGAGUCAGAGGAUACCCCAGACAUUCCCCUAACCGCAUCAUUAACGAAUAGACUGAAUACACCUGAUGUAUCAGCUGACUAUAACGAGGAAGUUUUAGUGGAAGAAAUAGAUGAGCUCGAGUAUGACGGUCUGUAAAAUUUAGCCGGCUUUGUUUGCCUUGGUUGGCAAAAAAUGGAAGGAUGAGAGGUUGAAAAGUUCCUCAAAUGAAAUUUAUUCCUGGAUAGACCAUCUUAGUGAAGGUGGGUUAUCAAAACCUUCUACAACUGUCAUGAAUCAAACUGAAAAUCUGAAAUAGGUGUUUACUACAUUCAGUUGCGAAGAAAUAGUGACAGAAAAGCAAAAUUUGAUAGGCGAACUUCUGUUGAAGAUCAGCAACAUUGACUGCUCUGAAAAAGCUAAAAAACUAUUUUUCAGGUCAAGGAUGUUCUUCUGGAUCAAAGAACUGAAGAAAAGUUUGAAAGACCAGAAAAAUCAUAAAAGGAAAUGGAAAAAAAUUGUUGCUUAGACUAAGACAUUUUCAUUUAUUGUUAUACCGCCAGCUUACUGCAAAAAGAAAAUGCGUACAUUUUCACACUUGUACUUAGGAUGUUCUGUGCAAUAAGGAUAACUGUAGUGCAGUAUAUUAACGUCAUGAUCAUGUUAAUCCUGCUCCGCAGAACAUACUAAAAUAUAGGUAAUGUAGAAAAAUGGAGUUAUCUUGUUUUUACAGUAAAGUGACGAUACGCUCUAUUGUGGAGCUAGAAAGCCGUUCUAGCUAUAGCCGGUUGAAAUCUUUUAUUAAAAUCCCCCAUUUUAUUUUGUAUAAGAUUUCAAUGUAUUCAAUGUUACUCGCACUGCUAACAUGAAUCCAACGACACGUCAUAUGUGAAAGUCCGUCCAGCCGUUUGGCCUGUAGAUGAAAAUAUGCACGUAAUCCAUAUCAACCCAAAUGAGAAUCACUCUCAGCGUGACGCCAUGCGCGCCGGCUGACAAAAAUCCGACAGCGGAGCAUCCGGCACGACCUUCGCAGACCAUCUUUUUCUAACAUGCACACUUAUCGCGCUUCUCUCUCGUACACAUUAAACUCGAGCUGUUUGGUUUGGUUUUCCCCUAUAUAUGAUUGGUAUAGAACAUCAAGGUACAUAGACCACAACAUAGAAUUCAUUUUUCCAGCUUUCUUUUACGGUAAAGAAACUGUAAAUAUCCGAAUUAUUUUAAAAAAUCAUGGAAAACGAGGACGUUUUUGAUAUUUCGGAAAAUAAGCUCUCAUUUCGGUAGAAAUACCGAAAAAUCGGUAAAGUCUUUAACACCAGUCAGUCUUCCAUUGUAUGUGAGGAAAAAAUAAACUCUGUUCCUUGACAUUGACAGUUUGACAUGAAACAUGCAGUUGGUUACGUUCUACCGGAUUAAAAAUAAAAUUAUUGGUUGAUUGUUUUGGCGGAAAAUACUGAGGAUUCAAAUUAGUUCUCUUGCAACCCACAACUUUGAGAUAAGUUUUAUCAACAUAUGAGCGAAAAAAUGAUGUAAUCAAUUUCAUAUAUUAAAAAUGCAAUUUUGUCCACUAUAUGCCGAAUCUUUCUGUAUUUGAGGCUCAAUUUUUACCAUCUUUUUUUUUAUUAAGGCCGUUAGAUUUUUCUAAAACGUAAUGACACAAAAGUUCCAUCUGAGCACUCUUUUGGUAAACUGAGCUCUCUUGAAUUAAGGGUAUUCUUUUGUACUUACAUGAUGAUAAUACUCAUUUGUCGGAGUUUUUAUAUAUCUAAAUAUUCUUAAUUCGAUUUUUUUUUGUAUUGCAAUAAUUUGUUAGUUUGAUAGCAGAUUGUGAUAUUUUCCAGAUGCAUUAAUCCCAGUAAUUUACCCAAGUGAAAUAGAAAACAUAACCAAACUUUUGCUUAUGCCAGUAGUACCUUAAUGUUAGUAUUAUUUUUUUACCCCGCCCUAUCGAGUGGUCUUUUUAUAUAUUUUUACUAUUAAUAUUAACAAUUUAGGUUUUUAGGAGAUAAUAUUAUAUAAUGAUUUACUUUUGACAGUAUUGGAUAAUAACUAGAACCAUAAAUAACCAAGGCUGCGGUUGCUAUGGAUGCACAUUCUGACUAAAUUUAGUUCCGUUGAGUAGGUCUGAAAUCCUGCCGGGUUCAAGUUUAUUUUCUUGAAGUCCUUUAGUGAAGUUACUGUUGUUAAAUGGUGGAAAAACAGCGCAUGUAAAUCGUUUAUAUUUUAGUAGACAUGGCAAAAGAGUGUUUGAAAGUUUAUUAUUGAUCAUUUUUUUCUCUCAUACUUCUGUUGCACAAGGGUUAUCAAUUUAUCGAUGUCCAUGGUGAAAUAACCAAUAAGUACCCCAAAAAGACACAGGUCGUACGAUAAAAUCAAAUCUGAAUGCUCAGGUGGGUCUGAAAAAUUCCGUCAGAACUCGCAUGCUUAGUAACCGUAGCCUAGGUAUGUCAAGGUGGAAAAUAUUUAUCUUGGUGAUGGAAAAUCUGGAUCUUGCCUUAACAAUCCGUGAUAAAAAGACAAAAUCUUGGAAAAUUGGACUUUUAAAUAUUUCAAAUUGAAUCCUCAAAUGCUUGAUAUUUUUACUAUUAAUUCAAGUUGAUACUUCCACUUUGGUAUCUGUGAAGGCGUGCAAAAAAUUUCUUUUGUGAAAAAACCUCGUUUGUUCUACGACGUUGAAGUGUGUUUUACCUGGACUUUUGUGACUACAGGUCUGUUCUGUUCAACUAUUUUCGACUCUUUUGGAAUGCCGUAAAUACAAAAUGAAAAAUCACUAAUUCUACAGGAAAAUACAAGUUGAAGUCAUAUUCUCCAGUGUCCUGAUUCGUAAGAAACACUUGAAGGUUAUUCUUUAGUAAAAAGAUGUUUUUGUAUGUCUGUAUUUUGAAGUCUUUAUAUAUAGUUACUUAAUAACCAAGUAAACCCAGUGAAAACGCACAAUGCAUUAGAAAAAUUAUCUGGUACUGUGUAACCUUUAAUACUCGUUAUUGAUAUUUAAUUCAUUUAUUUAUUUCUAUUUAAAAUUGAUCUACCUAGCUCUCUCAACGUCCUUCGAAAAACUAUGACGAAUCUUUUACAAUAACAUUUUAGUUAUUUCUAUUUAUUGUACAUAUUAAGUUUCAACGCAGAUGUAUACCAUAACCUUUUUUUAUACAUUUUUUAUAAUUUAGAUGUAGUUGCAAUUUUUUAAAGGUAUGGAUGCUUUACUUUUAUGCAAUGUUUGUUUAAGCAUUUUUAAACGGUAUGCUAGCUUGUAGAAAGUCACAAUCAAACUGUACCCAUGAUAAAAAUUAAUGAUGAGUGAUAAUUCCAUUUCAGCAACUAAGUAAUCAAGCACGAUAACAACUUGACUACACUUUCAUUUUGCUACCACCAUUCGAACUUUGGCUAUAUAAUAAUAUUUAUUCACUCAAUGUGCAAAGAAACCAACAUAAGUAAACAAAUAUAACCAAAAACAGAUCCAAUAGGAGGCAUUACCUGCGCAUGGACUAAUAAUUUUAAUUUGUAACUGUAGAAUACAAAUCACAAAAGUGCAAGAAUUAGUCAGAGUGGAUUAUGUGUUUACUUGAUGUUUUUAUUUAUGAGUCUAUGAUUCUCAGUCCGAUUCUAUAGAAUGUAGCCACUUUUUCAAAUUUAUUUUGAGAUAAUUUCCGAAAUGUAAAUCUUUAGGUAUAACUUCAUGAAAUUUUGGCGUUAAAUAGAGAUAUGACCGCUGCAUUCGAGAUUUAUGUGUCUGAGGAACUACUGUGUCACGAAUUUUAUACCUCGUAUAAUGAUAAUCUUUAAUUUUUGUGCUGUAUGUACUUCUAUAUACAUGAUGGGUAAAUCGAGGCUAAAGCAAGAGCGUGAAUGAAGCGUCCACAGAGUUGUCCUUGGAGUUGAGCUCUAAUUUGUUUCUCUUCUCUCUCAUGCACAUUAAAUACGGAACCUCAAUGAUUCCCUGCCGAUCCUCUUAUUUAGUUCCAUUUGGCAAAAAACAAAUGGAGCUCUGUAAGAUUAUGAGCUCGUUAUACUCGAAGAAAUUUUAUAAGAAUGGAUAGCGCCUUAUGAUAAAAAAAAUGGUUGUUCAUACUGAAUUCUGGAAUGGAUUAUACACUUUUACCCCAACAACUAGCGACAUUCGACCUUCGAGGUUUUUGUCGACAAAAAGAUUACUGUGGUUAGCAUAGCAUAAUACGGUGCCUGGUGUCCUAUUUUUGAUGCUAUGGUAUAAUAUUUUCGGCUACAAAAAAAAAUCGAGGGACAAAUGUCUUCCAGGUGUUUGGGGUAUUUUGCAUACACAAUCUAAUAUAGAAUGUAUUUUGGGCAUUACCAAGUUGUUACCUAGAUAUACAAAUGGAAAGUCUGUAUACUUACCCAUAUGUACUUAAGAAUAAUCAGUAUUAUAUUUACUGAAUGCUUAGCGGGAAUCACGUUUUCUUUGUAGUGACAAUCAAUACUAUACUGACUGUUUUGCUCUCAUACGUGUAGCGGUAGAAAUUCAUACACGUCAUAUACCAUGAACAACUUUUUAUAAGCUAGCGUCUAUACUACUAGUAUUAACCGUGAGAGUGAUAUUUCUUAUUUUAACAUUAACUGUUAAGUCAAAGUAACUUAUUAAAAUCCAAAAUCAGUAUUUUAUACACAUUUUUGUACUACUUAAGCUAAUUUAGAUACGUUCGGCAGCUAUGAAAGCUCGAUUCUUCCCGCUUUAUAUAUUUGCAAUAUCUUGGAAGUCCCAGCUGUGAUCAGCAAUUUUGAGAAGUUUUACGGGUGCAUUAAUUUUUUGAAAAACCAAUAUAUUGUUAGAUUUGUCCAUCAGUUUUCCCUGCUUUCAAAAAUCUUUUAGAUAUCUUGCCUCCUUAGUUAUCUUUACCAACUACUGCUUGUUCUCUUCUAAAAUGGGCAGGCAUGUGUACAGUUGGUGCAUCUAUUUGCUUUUAAUAUACUUGUUUCUAUUUUUUAUCGUAAGACGACGUUGCUAGCAGCGAGUUCACUGAACUGUAUCAUUUCUCUUUUUUUUUGUUCAAUCAAAUUUUAACCAUAUACUCGAUUGUUAGGAAAUUCCUAUUCUGAACCUCCUGCUAUGAAUUUUUAUAAAAUAUGGCACGAGCCUGAACAAUGAACAAUUCUAGAUUAUCCACCAAGUUUAAUAUCCAAGUGUUUCAAUAUUCUGCUGUUUCCAUGAGACCUCUCGGAAUUUCUGAUAACACAAGUUGUGUAAUCUCCACUACCUUUUGCCACAGGGUGUGUUAAUCGUUAUCUUUUACAUUUUUGUAUUAAACGUUGAAUUUUCUAUUGUUAGCCAAUGAUUUUUUUAUAUGAAAAGAGUUAAAGUUUGUGUGGUUGUGAUAAAUUGUUGAAGUGGGCCUCCUAAGACGGGCGAUUAACAGAAAAAAUAUUACUCUUGUUUGUGUGCAUUAUUUAGUAUGUUUUAACCUCCUUUGCAUUUACAGAGUGUUUGAAUAUAACUGUUUAACAAGAUAUUGGCUAUUUAGAGUUAGAUUAUUUUUUUACCAAUAAACAUGGCUGCUAUUA